AGCUGUAGUGCCGCGGCAGCGCUUUGCGGCCUGGCGGCGAUGCUGGGCGGCAGCCGCGCUGGGCUGGGCCGCCUGCGGGGCUGCGGCGGGCGGCUGUGGCGGGGCCGGCGGCGGGUGGCGGCCAUGGCGGGCGGCGGGAUGGGGCAGCGCAUGGUCUGGGUGGACCUAGAGAUGACGGGCCUGGACGUGGAGAAGGACCAGAUCCUGGAGAUGGCGUGUCUCAUCACCGACUGCGACCUCAACGUGCUGGCUGAGGGUCCUAACCUGAUUAUCAAUCAGCCGGACGAGCUGCUGGAUAGCAUGUCCGAGUGGUGCAAGGAGCAUCAUGGCAAGUCUGGCCUUACGAAGGCUGUGAAGGAGAGUAAAAUCUCACUGCAGCAAGCGGAGUAUGAGUUCCUGUCCUUUGUGCGGCAACAGACACCCCCGGGGCUCUGUCCUCUCGCAGGUAACUCUGUUCACGCAGAUAAGAAGUUCCUUGACAAAUACAUGCCUCAGUUCAUGAGGCACCUCCAUUACCGGAUCAUCGACGUCAGCACUGUCAAAGAACUUUGCAGACGCUGGUAUCCGGAAGAAUACGAGUUUGCACCGAAGAAGGCGGCUUCUCACAGAGCGCUCGAUGACAUCAGGGAAAGCAUCAAAGAGCUCCAGUUCUACAGAGACAGCAUCUUCAAGAGGAAAACGGAUGAGAAGAAAAGGAAACUAAUAGAGAAUGGAGAGAGUGAUAAAGCUGCCAGUUGAUUCCUUGUCCUGCCACGCCAUCCUGUGGCACGUCCUGGAUGCGUCUCCUGUUCUUUUCUGUUUGCCAGUCUCUCCUGAAGCCACACCCUUCAGUUUCCUUGUUUCUUAACAGCUGUUAGAACACAGAUGGAAGCUCGAGUUUCUGCUUCUUUUCUGUCUCAAGCCGCUGCAGCGUCUUUGCACGUAGCAGAUAAAGCGCUGUUCAAUACUCCUCUUCAUCCAGUUUUAGACACCGUCUUUCACUACACAAUAAAACCAGUUCUGUUGAGAGGUUGUACAGCCUGUCCGUGUAAUUGAAUCGUUCCGGGUCUGCAUCCCAGCACUGGGAUUCACCUCAACGCAGCAGCUUCCAAGAAGGCACUGCGGAGCUUUUAGAAUGUAGACUUCUCGUUAAAGCAAAUCUUGGUGGGGCAGGGUCUGAAGCACUGAGCAGAUCUCAGGGUGCUGGCACAACACGAUGCACGGGGAGCCUGUGCACCCUUCACCUGGUUGCAGGGUAAGAGCAGAGAACAAACAGAUCAAACCAACCCCAAACGGUCCUGAUUCCCGCAGGGGAAGGUCCACGUGAUGUUGUCAGCGCUCUCCCUUUGCUGCUGGAGUUUUGCCUCUUGACUACUGCUCCAGUCUGACCUCCUCAGAUGUCCCAGAGAGAAGAGCUACCACUCUAAAAAGCGAAGGAUCAAAAAGAGCACAUGGGGUGUACAUCUCCCUAGUUCAUUUUUAUUAUGGGUAUCAAUAACAAUGAACCGCCAAGGCUUCUCAGUUGUUAUUAUUUGAAUGCCUGCUCUUCUAACCAUGGGAGCAACUGGUUCUAGAGAGAGGCCGUCACAAUCACUAA